GACACCAGUAAUGUACGCUCUUGACGUUCACCUUGCGUAAAGUUAAAGCAACGUCGAGAUCUAACAUUUAGUAGUCUCAUAACCGGCUACGACAACAGUUCAUCCACGGCAGCCAACAUGAGAUUCACCGUCUCGAUCAUACUCUCGAUCGUGUGUGUUCUCUGCGUUGUGAAGCAACUGCAGUGCGCCAGGAUACUUGCUAUCGUUCCAACGCCUUCGUACAGUCACCAAAUUCCGUUUCGUGCAUUAUGGCUCGAACUGAACAAACGCGGUCACGAGAUAGUGUUCGUCAGUCCGAUUCCCAUCCCGAACUUGAAUCUGACGAACUUUACUCAGAUCGACGUCGGGGAAACGUUCAGAUCAAGGGAGAAGAUCGAUUUCAUCAAGUUGCGGUUCGAGCAGCAGUCCUGGAACACCUAUCUAGAGGAUUAUCUUCUCGAUGUGAUUGACAUGAUUACAGAAAACGUGUUCAAUAAUACGGAAAUGCAAAAACUGUACGCGCCCAAUAAUAGCGGCGCGAAAUUUGACGUGGUCUUUGUCGAGUUACUCUACACGUCAGCUCUAAAUGCCUUUGCUCACAGAUUCGACGCACCGUUAAUAGGAGUCACCUCGCUAGGAGUUACUGCAUUUAACGAGUAUGUUCUUGGCGGGCUCGUUAUACCAUCGCACGAUAAUACGUGGGAAAUGGAAGCGAGAAUAGGAUCAAACUUGUCAUUCUGGAAGAGACUGGAAAAUUACCUGGUUCUAUGGCGUCACAUAUACCUCUACUAUCACAACUUUGCUCCUCGUCAACAGAAAUUGGCUGAAAAAUACUUAGGAACGGAUAUACCAUCGGUACUCGACAUACAGAAAAAUACAAGCGUUCUCUUUGUCAAUCAAGCCAAUGUUAUUGCAUCGGCUCGGCCGAGGCUCGCGAACAUGAUUACGUUCAGUUCGAUCCACGUGGAUAAAAACCCAAAAUCCCUGCCAAAGGAUUUAAAGCGUUUCGUGGACGAGGCUACGGAAGGAUUCGUCUAUUUCAGCCUCGGUAGCAACGCGAUGAGCUCAGAUAUGCCAAGAGAAACUCUUCAGGUUUUCCUGGAUGUAUUUGCCAAGUUGCCUUACAAAGUCGUGUGGAAAUUCGAAAAGGAAUUGCCGGAGAAGCCGGACAACGUCUUCAUCGGACCUUGGUUCCCGCAACAGAGCAUCCUCGCACACCCGAACAUCAAGAUGUUCAUAUACCAGGGAGGUCUACAAAGUUCCGAGGAGGCAGUACAUUUCACGGUACCCCUUUUAGGACUUCCGGUGUUGGCGGAUCAGGACUAUCAAGUGCGCAGAAUGGAAGCACUCGGGGUCGGCAAGGUUUUAGAAAUCACGACUAUACAGAGAGACGAGUUGGAAAGUGCCAUUCUAGAGGUCAUAACUGAUAAAAAAUAUAAAGAAAACAUGAUUAAACUUAGGAGUAUGAUGAAUGAUAACCCCUACGAUUUAAUAAAACAUCUUGCUUGGUGGACGGAAUACGUGAUUCGUUACAAAGGAACGCCACAUCUUUAUUCUAACUUGGCUCACCAACCAUGGUACCAAUACUGCGACAUGGACGUCGUUAUAUUUUUAACAAUCGUAAUAUUUACAGUACUUUACAGUGUGCUCUGUAUAAUAGCCAAAAUCUCCAAGUAUUUGUGCAAGCAGCCGCGAACGUCCUCAAGAAAUAAAAAACAAAAGUUUAGGACCGCCUCUAGUAACGGUUCUGGUACGCAGAGCAUCAUGAAGUUCAACGUUGCGAGCGUGUUCUCUAUCGCGUGUGUAUUAUGCGUUGUGAGACAACUUGAGUGUGCUAGGAUUUUGGCAAUAGUGCCGACGCCUUCGUACAGUCAUCAAAUUCCGUAUCGACCACUGUGGAUCGAAUUGAAUAAACGCGGCCACGAAGUCGUGCUCGUGACCGCCAAUCCCAUUCCCGAUUUGAAUCUGACUAACUUCACUCAAAUUAAUGUCGGAGAAUCUUACACCGCCAUCAGACAGCACAACUUUAUCCAGUUAAGAUUCGAACAAAUGACCUGGUUAGAUUUUGCAUACAGCCAUAUGUGGGAUAUGGCUAACAACUUUCUUGAACCAGUGUUCAAUAAUACGGAUGUGAAGAAGCUGUACGCGCCUAAUAGUGGCAGAGAAUUCGACAUUGUCUUGGCUGAAGUGCUCUUCAUGCCCGCUAUAGGCGUCUUCGCUCAUAGAUUCAAAGUGCCAAUGAUAGAACUCACUUCGCUUGGAAUGGUUGGAUUUAAUGAACACAUACUGGGUGGAAUCGUUUUGCCUUCGCACGAGUCCACCUGGGAAAUGGAAGCAAAUACAGGACCAAACCUGCCAUUUUCGAAGAGAUUGCACAAUUACGUGUCCUUGUGGCACAGUAUAUACGACGCUUAUCGGAGACUGGUACCUAGUCAACAGAAGCUGGCUGAAAAGUACUUUGGAACAGGCUUACCAUUGAUAACUGACAUAUUGAAGGAGAAAACUAGCCUCGUUUUUGUCAAUCAAGCUGAUGCAAUCGCACCAGCGCGACCAAAGCUCGCGAAUAUGAUCACGUUCACUUCGUUUCACGUAGACGAAAAACCGAAACCUUUACCGCAAGAUUUAAAACGUUUCGUGGACAGUGCUUCGAAAGGAUUCAUCUAUUUCAAUCUCGGUAGCAACGCGAUGAGCUCAGAUUUGCCAAACGAAACUCUACAGGUUUUCUUGGAUGUGUUUGCCAAGUUGCCUUACAAGGUCGUGUGGAAAUUCGAAAAGGAAUUGCCGGGAAAGCCGGACAACGUCUUCAUUGGAUCUUGGUUGCCGCAACAGAGCAUCCUCGCACACCCGAACCUCAAGCUCUAUAUAUACCAGGGAGGUCUACAAAGUACCGAGGAAGCUGUGCAUUUCACGGUACCCCUUUUAGGACUUCCGGUGUUGGCGGAUCAGGACUAUCAAGUGCGCAGAAUGGAAGCACUCGGGGUCUGCAAAGUUUUAGAAAUCACGACUAUUCAGAGAGGUGAAUUGGAAAGUGCCAUUCGAGAGGUCAUGACUGAUAAAAAAUAUAAGGAAAAUAUGAUUCGACUGAAGGAUACGGUUUAUGACAGACCUUAUAAUUUAGUGGAGCACCUUGCUUGGUGGACGGAAUUUGUGAUUCGUCACGAUGGAGCACCACACCUUCGUUCCAGCUUAGCUAAACAGCCAUGGUAUCAAUAUUGCGAUAUGGACAUCGUAGUAUUCUUGACGAUCGUAGCAUGUAUAGUUAUUGCAAUCGCGUUCACAGUAAUUAUCAAAUUUAUCGGUUGUUUGCACAGCUUGUUAAGGCCAGGAUUACCACAAAAUCAGAAACAGAAGGUUAGUUAACGAUGUAGAACAAAUAUGCAACAUUGAAUCAGUUAUAAUCGGCUGAAAUCGCGUUUUAAUAUAUUCUAUAAUAUUUUAAUGUUAUUUAAUUAUAAAAAGUGAUACGGGUCAGGAGUUUUGUAGUAACGAAGUAUGCUGUUCAGAAAUUGAAAAUCUAUAUUUUUUAUACGAGUGAAUGUUUGUGAAUGAUCAAUUGCAAAAUCAAUUAUUUUUUAUUACGAGUCUCGUACCAAUUAAUGUAAGAUUUUCAGAAAUAGCACUCUUUUUAUAUUUGCGACAGGACAAAUGUUUGUAAAUUCA